AACACAGAAGAGGCAUAAUUUCUCUGAUCACACGGCACCACGAGAAACAGGUUCCUCAUCAAGCAGCAGGCAUAGUGAAAACGAAUGCCUUCCUUAUUUACCUCUUGUCUUAUUCACAGAUGUAGAUAGCUAUAGCUAUAGAAUGGGGACUAUAAAACUCUUAUUUGCACUGGGAGCCUUGAAAGUGGUUCUUAUGCAAAACAUCCAUGUAUCGCAAACACCUAAAGUAGUGACAGAAAAUGGCAGGACAGUUACUUUGCAAUGUGGCUACACCCUCAGAAACACAGAUAUGCCAAAAUAUGGGUGGUACCGUUGGAGCAGACAUAUGAUAUCUGGACAAGAGGUAUCUAAUGUCAGUGAGUCUUUCUCAGGCAGAGUGUCCAAAGUCAGUCCUGAUGAUUUCAUCAUCAAAAGAAUAGCAGAUAUUCACCUGCACAGCGUGGAUGUUUCGGACACAGGCGUAUAUUUUUGUGAAAUUUAUCUACAUACCAUCAACAUUAAAAUGACAGGUCACGGACAUGGAACAUUCCUGCUUGUGACAGCUCCCAAUUCACCAAGCCCCAAACACAGUAAUGCCAUGUUAAACGCUCAAAGAGUGCAAUCAACAACAUCACCCUCUAUAAUGGAGUACAAUAUCACAGCUCCCAAUUCACCAAGCCCCAAACACAGUAAUGCCAUGUUAAACGCUCAAAGAGGGCAAUCAACAACAUUGCCCUCUAUAAUGGAGUACAAUAUCACAGCUCCCAAUUCACCAAGCCCCAAACACAGUAAUGCCAUGUUAAACGCUCAAAGAGGGCAAUCAACAACAUUGCCCUCUAUAAUGGAGUACAAUAUCACAGAGGCUCUUUUGCAGAGCAUCCAGGUAUCUCAGAUACCUAAAGUAGUGACAGAAAAUGGCAGCACAGUCACUUUGCAAUGUGGCUACACCCUCACAAGCACAGAUUUUCCAAAAUAUGGGUGGUACAGUUGGAGCAGACAUAUAGCAUCUGGAUCCGAGGUGUCUAAUGUCAGUGAGUCUUUCUCAGGCAGAGUGUCCAAAGUCAGUCCACACGAUUUCAUGAUCAAAAGAGUAGCAGAUAUUCACCUGCAUGGAGUGGAUGUUUCAGACACAGGCGUAUACUUUUGUGAAAUUUAUCUACAAACCAGCAUUAUGAUGACAGGUCAAGGACAUGGGACAUUCCUCCUUGUGACAGGUGAUUCCAAGAAUUUCUCCAUCACUAAAUUAAGCAAAAUUAAAAUUACAGUUGGAGCCCUGGUUUUGGUCGCCAUUUUGUCGACAAUUUUGUAUUUCGAAAGAUGCAAGAAGCUAAGCAAGAAACUAGUCGUCAUUUGACCAGCUGCUUCUUGGACUUGGCUGAAAAUAGGACCCAGCUGCAUUAUCAAAAGAAGUAAACAAUUUUGAAAAUACAUUACAGGCUUGGAAUUUUUUUGGAUGAAAGAGGAAGCUAAACUGUGCUUGUUCUUUCAUUUCUUGUCAUUGAGUCCAACAGAAUACCACAAACGUGUUACAGAUACGCACAACAAACAGUCCUUUAGCAUGCAUGAUGUCUGCACCAAUGACUGUAGAGUUUGUCAUCAUGUCUCACACCUGCUGAACUAAUGAAACCCUUUUAGAGAACUUCAAUAGUUGAAAAAUAGGUAUUUUGAUUGUAAGCUUGUUUGGGCCCUCUUCAUCUACUGUUUCCGCACGUCACACAUGUGUUGUUAGAAUUAAAUGUUUGUCUUGUUUGCCUAUUGUACAUUGCUGCAGAAAUGCUGGCACUAUACAUCUAACUGUAAUUGUCAAGUGCGCAACAUGCCAUAUAUGCAGAGUUCUGCAUUAAGUUCUGGACUAUCAAAUUCACAAAGGUUAAACCAAAGCUUUGCCAGAUUGCUUGUGAUAUAAUAACUCACCCAAUAAGUCUAAUCCGAGAGAUCAAAGCGUUGAACAUAAUUGAGAUGAUGCUUUAAAGCUUUCAGAAAUAUUGUUUUAAA